AUGGACGGACCCGAGCCUGAUACGACGCCUUUUGACGCCAUUACUGUCCAGAGCAAUAAAUUGUUGAGGCAAUAUCAAACCUACCUCGACAAAUCUACUCCCUACGUCUCCUACCGAUGGUCCGCCACUGGUAUACUCCUUGUCCUCUUUUUCCUUCGAAUUAUCGUUGCGCAAGGCUGGUACAUUGUCGCCUACUGUCUCGGCAUCUACCUCCUCAACCUAUUCCUCGCGUUCCUCCAACCCAAGUUCGACCCUAGCUUGACACAAGACGAAGGCCUGGAGGAUGGCGAAGGUUCAUCUUUGCCCACCAAACAAGAUGAUGAAUUCCGUCCUUUCAUCAGAAGAUUACCUGAAUUCAAGUUCUGGCAUGCGGCAACAAGAGCCAUCACCAUCAGCUUUGUCUGCAGUUGGUUCGAGAUCUUCAACUUGCCAGUUUUCUGGCCUGUACUGGUCAUGUACUGGCUGAUCUUGUUUUCUCUAACAAUGCGACGACAAAUCCAACAUAUGAUCAAGUACCGCUAUGUCCCUUUCUCCUUUGGAAAGGCCAAGUAUUCGGGCAAAUCGUGA